AAGAAUCCGUCAGGUCACUUUGACGAUAUCUGUUCUUACUUCAUCUAAGCAGCUUCAGAGACGCAAGGCCGGUAACCUUCGUAACCGCCAAGGCUGCAAAGACAAAGAUGAUAAGUUGCUGCAUCUUUUUCUACGUUCUCGUAACGGCAUCGAUUAUGGCCGUGCACACUGCUGUUGCACAAACAACAGCCGGCGUCAAAGCCACUGUGACACAUAUAGAGAAGCCUUUCGACAAUGCGAAAGAAAAAGUGUAAGAGCUGGAGGGUAUACUACAAUACCUUAAACACAACAAUCAACCUAGACAGUGCAGCGACCUCUUAAGCGCCGGUCAGCGUAAUAAUGGUGUGUACACGAUAUACCACAAGAAAGCACCUUAUGGACAGAACGUGUACUGCAACAUGGAAGCUGAUGGCGGAGGCUGGACGGUCAUUCAAAGGCGUGGACAGUUCAGGAAUAGAGUUUUCAACUUUUACCGUAACUGGACUGAAUAUAAGAACGGAUUCGGCAAUCCUGCUGAAGAGUAUUGGAUUGGAAACGAGGCUCUGAAUGCCCUGACAAUCCGCAACAUGACUCUCCGCAUUGUUCUGAGAAACACCACGGACGACGAGGUCUUUAUUUACUACAACCUCUUUCGCGUGGGUAAUGAGGAGGCGUUUUACGAGCUGGAGAUGGGAGACUUGAUCGGUCCGCUAGGCUGGGACGCAUUGCGACAUGCCCAUCGUCAAAGAUUUUCUACCUACGAUAGAGACAACGACAUCUCUUCAUAUCACUGUGCCGAGCAAUAUCGCGGGGCCUGGUGGUACAGCGACUGCCACGCGUGCAACCCGAACGGCCUCAACUUGAAUGGAUUCCAUGAGAGCUACGGCGAUGGCAUCGACUGGAGCAUACGCGAUCAUACGGGCAAAUUGUACUAUUAUUCAUACCCUUACAUGGAGAUGAUGAUCAGGCCAGGUCGUUUAUUGAACGGGAAAGAAAAAGAGCUAAAGUUUUUUACGAAGCAAUAACACUGCCAAAAGUUCUGUUCGAAUAAUAAAAUAGCUCAACACAAGG